CAUUCCGUUCUGUUUGUGAGAUUCUCUCAGUCGAAGAGCUUCCCGUUUUGUUCACUUCUCUGACAAAGAGGUCUUUUCGUAUACCGGAGAGCCCUCUCUCUCAUUAAACCAUACAGAGAAACCUCCCUUAAAGAAGCAGGCCAUGAAAAUGUCGAGGCCAAAACCAAAGAUCGGAACACUAGGGCAAUUCCUGAUCCUUUCCAUUGCCCUGCUUUUCCUGUUCCUCUUCAUCCAGUCCCCUAAUUACGUCUGCAAAUACCCUCCUCCUGACCCCUUUUACAGGCCUCAGUUUUCAGCAGUUGAAGGUCUUGACUCUGAUUAUGGAUCUCUCGGUGUUCCAUGGUGCAGAUCGAAACAUGGACUAACAGUCAAAUGGACAACAAAGGAUCUGCUUCGGGGCUUAGAAGAAUUUGUGCCAAUAUAUGAGACUCGGCCUAUCAAGAAUAACAUGUAUGGGAUGGGUUUUGACCACAGCUUUGGGCUUUGGUUCAUUGCUCGAUGGUUGAAGCCUGACUUGAUGAUCGAGAGUGGAGCCUUCAAGGGUCACUCGACAUGGGUUCUUCGACAGGCCAUGCCUGAAGCAGCCAUCAUUUCUCUAUCCCCGAGGCACCCAGAAAAAUACCUGAGGAAGGAGCCUGCCUAUGUUGAUGGAAACUGUACAUAUUUUGCGGGCAAGGACUUUGUGGAUUUUGGGAGUGUUGAUUGGAAUAACAUUUUAAACAAGCAUGGGGUUACUGAUCUCAGUAGAGUCCUUGUGUUCUUUGAUGAUCACCAAAAUGAACUGAAAAGACUGAAGCAGGCCUUAAAAGCAGGUUUUACACACUUGGUCUUUGAGGAUAACUAUGAUACUGGUACAGGGGAUCAUUAUUCCUUUAGACAAAUGUGUGAUCAGUUCUACAUAAAAGGUGGUGGGCAUAGCUGCUUUAGGGAUAGUGAUGAAGCAAGAACUCGAGAGAAAAGAAGGAAGUUUUGGGAGAAGGCUGUAGAUAUAGAAGAGCUCUGUGGACCUGGUGAUGCAUGGUGGGGUGUUAGAGGAGAUAUGCGAGAUAAUUUCAAUCACAGUAAUAAGGCAAUCUCUCUUUCCAAACAUUUCGAGAACAGUAGGUUUGUGGAGUCGGUGCUUGAUGUAUAUUGGGAGCUCCCACCUGUAGCAGGCACUUCUCUCACUCAUCAAACUAGGUAUGAUCCUGCCCGUGCAACUGUUCCCAUUGUUGAAGAUGGACGGUAUGGAUUGUUUCAGAAGCUUGGACUGACCAGGUUGGAGACUUCUGUUUUCAAUGGAUACACCCAGAUGGUCUAUCUACAAAUAUCUCGACCAGAUUCAUGAACAUUGCUUGGUUAAAAUGGCUGAGUCUUUAUCUCCAGGCUGGCACCUAUUUCUUUUGUUUAGCUUGUCUUUUUUAUUAAGCAGCUCUUUCCUUUUCUGAUGCAUAUGUAACAUUUUCUCAAAUUGAAUGUUUUUCCAUUGGUGAAAGAUCUGCAUGCCAAGCAUGCCUGGUUUCAACAUUAUCCAAUGGAUAGGUCUAAAUUGUCCAGUAGAAGGCAACUUCAGAUACUUUCCCCAAAAGUAGAGGUAUUUGCAAUUAAUGCAAGAGUAUUUCAGUAUACAUCUAACAGUUUCAUGUUGGUCUGGAUUGAUCCGGCUUGAGAAAUGGACCUUUGGGAAUGUCUUAGUUCC